ACACAAACACACACACGAUGCAGUCAGUAAUCGGCUAAAGGGGCAAAGGGCUCUAGAGCGUGCUUUUGUUACGCUUCGGUUCCUCUCGGCGAGGGACAGAAAGCGCGGCUGCCUACUGCUGUUUCGUUCUUGCGCCCGUUCGCAUUGGGUCGCAUUCGCUCCAGCUGACACGCAUCGCGAGUGUGUGUGGGAGUUUAUGACGCGGCCGCAGAACCAAAUCGAGCGUGCACACGAGAGCGAGAAUUACGCUCACUUUCCACAGCGGGGCCCGAAGUCGGCCACAUCGGCCACCCGAAUGCCGAGGAGCUGCGAGUUGCGUGCGGUACCGUUCAACUUCAUCACAAUUGCUCUGACUUUGCCUGUGGUCGCCCGUGUCUCGGGGACAUUGGAUGUGGCUUCCCGUAUUCGCGUUGGUGGUGGAAGACAGUUUCGCGUUUCGGUUCUAAUUACCGGGUUCGAUUCACCUAAAAAAGUUCGAUUCGACACAGGAUUCUGUAUGCAAGCUCGUAAAGUGGUAUUCAAAACGGAUAAGUGCAAUAUUGUGUAAAGGAAACGAGAGUGUGCUAGCGUGAAAAUGUCAAACUGAACUCUAAUCCCAGUGAGUUAACCAACGCCUCCUUGGACCUCCGUAAACUCGCGAUGGAUCGCCCGAAUCGCACUCGAAGGCAACGAGUGAUUAUCCGAAGGAUUAUGUGAUGAUGAUGAUGAUGAUGGCGGCCAAUGAUUAACCGAUCCUCAACAUUUGUACCGAGAUAUAUACAAGUAGUGUGGCGUUAUUAUGUAUGAACAACAAUUGCCGGUGUCGAUCGCUGACUGGUUUGCUUUCCCGAUGGUGAGGCACGCUACUACUGCCAGCUGCAAAAAGUAUGGAGUGUUGAUUUUAUGGAUCAUUUUUCUGCUGUCAAUCAUUGAAGAUUAUGCGCUGGCCAUUAAGCUGACCGAAGUGCGAGUUCCCAAACACGCAAUCCGAGGUCAGGACGUCAUGCUCGAGUGCCACUAUGAUAUGGAAGGUGAAGCCCUGUACUCCGUAAAGUGGUACAAGGAUGGGCGAGAGUUUUAUCGCUACGUGCCACGGGACGAUCCUCCGCAACAGACCUUCCCAGUGGAAGGUAUUACGGUGAAUGUGCAAAACUCUACCAACAGUCACGUGAUGCUGGAGUCCAUCAACUUGUUCUCUAGCGGCAAAUAUCGGUGCGAAGCAUCGGCGGAAGCGCCUUCCUUUCAAACCGUCGCCGAGAACGGCGAAAUGAUGGUGGUCGUGCUGCCAGAGUCAGAUCCCGUCAUAUCCGGGGGAAGGCUCCGGUACCAGAUCGGUGAUCUUGUCCGAAUCAAUUGUACCUCGCCACGAUCAAAACCAGCUGCCCGGCUGGCGUGGUACAUUAACGAUGAACUGGCCAACCCGGCGUACGUUCAACACUAUCCAACAAUAGUUUCUCUCGCACCGGAUCAUCUAGAGACUUCAUUAUUGGGGUUGGAAUUUAAUAUCAAGCCCAAACAUUUCCGCCGAGGGGACCUGAAGCUAAAGUGUCUGGCUACCAUAUCAACCGUCUACUGGAAAAGCAACGAGAACAGCAUGGAAAACGACAGACCCCAAAAGGUUCCCAUUCUAGAGUCACGCAAAUCCGGCCUCUCUUCUGCUAGCCGGGCGGAUAGAGUACAAGCAAACAACGGAGUUUCCUCGCAUCAAGUCCCUGCCCAAACCUCUCUGGCGACCAUCAUCAUCCUAAGCGUUUGGUUCACUCUGCUUAACACAGUCCAAAUCUGCUUCAGUGCACGGUAACUGUACUUACAUACCACUCAAAUCAAACCAAACGGUUAAUUGCUUCAGCUGCAGAAACAAUUCAUUCUGCAUUCUGUACUCACAAUGGCACAAUGAAUUUGCAGACAGUCGCUGAUACGCAAGAAGCAGUUCCAACAGUUCCUUACAGAAUCCCAGGAUGGUGGGUGUUAUCGUUCUUAUGAGUAAAAAAAAAAUAAAUUUAAAAUCCACUGCCUUGCAUAGCGAGAAACUCUGCCAACACUCUCCCAAUAUCUUGGUCCAUCAUAUUGUACAUAAGCAGCGCACACACACAAACAUCUACUGCACGUACUUCUUCAGCUUUAAAGUGAAAUCUAUUUCCACUACCCCCGUGUUAAUGGGUCGAGAGAGGAAAACGAAAAUAUUAUGAAAAACUUGUGUCACACAAGCUCAAAGGUGAGGUGUAUAUUCAGGUUGUAUCGUACCGCAAAGACUUUAAGGUAAUGUUUAGAAGAAUGCUACCGGAAUCGUUUCGAUCGGAAUGCCAAAUGUAUUUAUGAAAAUCAGUUGAAUAUAAGAAACGCGUAACAAAGAGUAAUGAUAAUAUAGAACGAAACCUUUAACUUUC